CUGGGGUUAUGGUGCCGGAUUAGGAGCUGUGUGGGCUGAGCUAGCUCGGCCACAGACACCGGGUGCCCCUGGGCAGGCCAGAGAGAGAAGCAUUUAAAAAAUGCCCAAGUGAUUUAGGAGUCCAAGUCUCAUGCUCAGAGUGUCUUCAGCCUGUAGAAGCUUGUUGCCUUUCAAUGGCUUUGGCUUCUGACAAGGUCACCCCCAAAUGCCCCAUUUCUCCCUUCCACCCCUCCAUCAGCCUAGACUGUUACUUUUCGGGGUGGGGACAGCCUCUCCCAUGCACUUACACAGGACCCGGCACAAUGGGGCCCCGAUCUCAAGUAGGGUCUCCAGGUGCUACUACAAAACAACCCCCCCAUGUAGCCCAGUAAGAUUUGGGGGGUGCCUGUGUCCUCUCUGACUUGCCUGGGAGCAUUUCCCAGCCCUGGGCUGAGCACUGCAAGCCACACAAGUCAAUGGGCAGGUCAGAGGAACUGGGGGAAACCCCAGCAGAGGCUGGGCAAUGCGCUCCAGCAGUCAGUCCUUCCACCCAACGUGAGACUUGAGAGCAGAUGCUCCCCAGUUUCUGAGCUUCAGACCCCCACUGGGUAUCCCCAAGUUGAGCACCUGCCUCACUCCCCACCUUGAGCACCCUGGCCCAUGUAUAUAAGGCCAUCGCCACCGUACGCGGCCACGUCACUCCAAGAGAAGGAUGGAGCGGCAGCAUCACUUGAGGGAGGCAAACCCCCCUGACAGACAGACCAACUCCCGAGCUCUCGCUACGCAAUGUGGUGACAACCAGAAGGCACCCAGCACCGUACCGGACCAGGCCCUUCACUCGGGCACUCUCAGGGAGGAGCCUGACAGUGGCCGAGGGCUGCGAGAAGACAUGCCAGAUGGGGCGUCCCUGGAAUUUGCAAGCAGGUGGCAGCUUCCAAAACCCGCUGCAAAGGCUUUUUCUUUUUAUGCAAAGCCAGCUUGCCAGUCUCCCCCAUGCCACCUCCUCCUCACCUGCCCCCUGCACAAAGGCUCCUCACUGAGAUGGCACCUGGGGUUGGGCUCAUGGUUUGCAGAUGACGCCGGGAGGGCAGUGCUGUGCAUUUGACUGCCGAGCGCCGAACACAAAAUCCCUCCUUGAAUGCACUUUGCUAAGCAAAUUCUCCAGUGUCCCACUCCCCUCCCAGCACUCUCCUCAGCAAGAGCCCCCAGGGCUUGCUGAUGCCACCCCCUCCAUCCAUCCCCAAACCUCUGCCUUUUUAAACACCCCUACAAGCACCGGCUGCAGGACAGCGAAGCCAUGGCCAGCAUCCUGCUGCUGCUCCUGAGCUCUGGCAGCGUGGCAGCCCGCGAGCUCACGUGCAUGUCGGCUCAGUUCAAGAGGCCUGGCCACUACAUCCUGGGAGGGCUGUUCCCAUUCGGCAUCAACACCGUGAACCUCAGCGCGCGGGUGGAGCCCACGGCUGUCGCGUGUGAAAGGUUAUAUGCCACGGGGCUAAUCUGGGCUCUGGGCAUGAAGUUUACCGUGGAUGAGAUCAACAACUCCACGUCGCUGCUCCCGGGCGUCCAGCUGGGCUACGAGAUCUACGACAGCUGCUUCGAGCCCGUGGUGGCCCUGCAGCCCAGCCUGCUCUUCCUGACCCGGGAGCGCAGCGCCGGGAUCGACGUCCUGUGCAACUACACCGACUACCAGCCCCGCGUGGCUGCUGUGAUCGGGCCCCACACGUCAGACCUCUGCAUGGCGACGGCCAAGCUCUUCAGCUUCUUCCUGACCCCGCAGGUCAGCUACGGAGCCAGCGCUGACAAACUGAGCAACAGCGAGCUGUACCCCUCCUUCUUCCGCACGGUGCCCAGCGACAAGCAGCAGGUGGAGGCCAUGAUCCACCUGCUCAAAAGGUUCGAGUGGAACUGGAUUGCCGUCAUCGGGAGCGACGAUGAGUACGGCCGCGAAGGGCUCAGCCUCUUCACCAACUUGGCCGCCAGCUACGGGAUCUGCAUAGCCUACGAGGGUGUCAUCCCCACCGACUGGUUGGACCCGAACCCCUGGGAGAAGCUGGACGAGGUGAUUAAAUACAUCAACUCCACCCAGGUGAACGUCAUCGUGCUCUUCUCCAUCGACCGCCCGGCGCAGACCCUGCUGGAGCGCUGCAUCAAGAAGGGGCUGAGCCCGAAAGUCUGGAUUGCCACCGAAGCCUGGGUGAUGUCCGACAUCAUCAUCUCCAUCCCUCGCAUCCACACCAUCGGGACUGUCAUCGGUUUCAUCAUCAAAGGUGGCAAGGUACUCGGCUUUGAGGAUUAUGUCGCCCAGCUCUUCACCUCCAUCCAGCAGGAGAGCUUCUGCCAGGCCUCCCGGGAGUGGAGCCGCCAAAUGGAGUCGGGGGUGCUGGGCCCGCAGUGCGAGCACUGCAACCACAUGAGCUGGCAGGAUGUGGCCUCCUUGGUGAUGCACCGGCAGACCUACGCGGUGUACAUGGCUGUGUACAGCGUGGCCCAUGCCCUGCACAAGGUGCUCGGCUGCACGAAGGACAGGUGCUCCACGGUGCCCAUCAAAUCCUGGCAGCUGCUGGAGGUCAUGAGGACGCUUCAGUUCGAGGUGAAUAACUACAGCUUCAAGUUUGACCAGUCCCAGAGCACCAACAUGGGCUAUGAGAUCUUGCUGUGGAGCUGGCAGAACCACACCCUCCACCACAUCUCCGUCGGGGAAUACGAGAACUCCCUGUCCAUCAACAAGUCCCUGAUCCAGUUCCACACUGAGGAUAACAAGAACCCAAUGUCCACCUGCUUCAGCCACUGCAAGCCAGGGCAGUUGAGAAGAGUGAAGGGCUUCCACCUCUGCUGUUACGACUGCAUCGACUGCCCCAGAAACACCUACAAGGACAGCAAGGAAGACAGGUUCUGCAUUCCCUGCUCCCAGCACCAGUGGUCGCCGGCUCAAAGCAUCAAGUGCUGGGACCGGACCGAGAGGUACCUCUUCUGGGGGGAGCCGCUCACCAUUGGCUUGCUCAUCCUGACGUUCACUGCCCUGGCCCUGAGCUGCCUGGCAGCUGCCCUCUUCUACAGGAACCUCAGCACCCCCCUGGUGCAGGCGGCCGGGGGCUGGAUGAGCGUCUGCGCCUUGCUCAGCCUCUCGCUGAUGAGCAUAAGCACCAUGUUGUAUGUAGGGAAGCCCAGGCGUUACAUCUGCCUGAUAUACCAGCCCAUCUACACCCUGUGCCUCAGCAUCUGCUUCUCCACCCUCCUCGUCAAGUCACUCCAGAUUGCCCUGGUGACGGAGUUCAAGAGCUGUGCCCGCACCCUCCUGCCCUGGGUGACCCAGAGGAGAGCCUGGAUCCUGGUGGCCUUCUGCUUCCUUGUCGAGAGCCUGCUGUGCCUCGGGUCCCUCUGCAGUGCCCCUCCCCUGCUGAAGUACGACUACAAGCUGCUGCCCACAGAGACGCUGCUCUACUGCCAGUUACAGUCCUGGCUCUUCUUCUUCUUGGUGCAUGGUUUCAACAGCGCCACGGCCUUCAUCUGCUUCCUCUGCACCUUCAUGGUGCAGACCUCAGGCAAGAAGUACAACAUAGCCCGGGGCAUCACGUUCACUAUGCUGAUCUAUUUCUUAACCUGGAUCUUCUUCAUCGCCACCUAUACCACCAUAAAGCCCACCUACAAGCCUGCCACCCAGAUGGGCGCCAUCCUUAGCACAGUCCUGGGCACCCUUAUAGCUAACUACCUCCCCAAGUGCUACGUCCUCCAGUUCAAGCCCGACUGGAACACAUUGGAGCGUUUCCAGAACUAUGCCAAGGAGGCACCAGAGGACAAGGACUCUGGCUAAGUGGAGGACAAAGCUGGCAGAGG